UCAUUUGUACCAGUUUGUGCUGCGAUGUUUCCUUCACACGCUUUCAUUCCUCUGGUUACUCUUCAGCGUCUACAGUCUACGGUUUCAGUGCGACGGGUGCGUCGCGUCAAUUGUGAUGGUAGUAGUAUCAUAAGAAAAGUUAUUUCCUCGCUUAAACUGUGUUAUAUCAUUAGAAAUCACGUAAACCAUCAUGUUUACUCUGUUCUACAUAAUAACGGCAUUAAUAAUAUGUAAUGUUACAAACGGUGAUCUUAACAAUAAGUUACAGUGCAGAGACGAAAAUAAUGCAGCAGUAGAUUGGUAUGUGCUUUACAAGUUACCAAAAGUUCAUACGAGCAGUAAUCCUCUGAUUAGAGAAGGUCAUGCUUAUCUGUACAUAACAAAUGCGACGAUCGAAUCUGGUUGGCGAUUGUCGACCAAAUCCAUCGGUUCUAACGAUUCUAUCCCUGGAAUCACAUUAGCGCCGCUUUACAAUCGUAGCAGCGAGGAGGAUGCUUUAUGGAAUUUAUAUAACGAUAGCCCGCCGAACGCAUCGUACGUGUGGAACCAUGGGCAUACAAAAGGUGUAGUGAUGGUAAAUAGUGAUCAGGGCUUUUGGUUAAUUCAUAGCGUUCCGAGUUUUCCUCCGGUGCCGAGAGCCGGUGUGCAAACUCGGCCGUUAAACCUGGAAAAUGUAACUAUCGAAGGCGCGUACAGUUAUCCGGAUAGCGGCACGUUUUACGGGCAAAGUUUUUUAUGCGUUUCUCUCGGCGGCGAUCAGUUCAAUAUCGUCGGCGAACAAUUAAUGUACAAUGAAAUCGGGGUGUACGCGAAGAAUAUACCAGAAAUCCUUGGCAAGCAGUAUCCAGCGUUAAAGAACGCGACUAAUCAGAAGCGCAUUAAACAGCCCCCUUACAACCAUAAAGCUCUGAUAACGACGUUGGGAUCUCUCGAACUUACCUCGUUCGCCAAGUCCGGAAAAUGGGGAAAAGAUCUCUACGGUGAUUUCGUUGCGCCACAAUUGCAGUCGGACUUGUACGUCCAAUCGUGGCUGAACGGCCGGGGUAAACUGCCGACAACUUGUCAUCGUAGAAAAAUAUACAAUGUAAAAACUCUUAAAGUCGACGCGGCAAACGUAGACUUUCCUAGUAGCCGCGAUCAUUCCAAAUGGGCCAUCACGGUCAACACAAAAUCAUCGAAUCAUUGGGCUUGUAUUGGCGAUAUUAACAGAGCUGACACGCAGUAUUCUCGAGGCGGUGGGACCGUGUGCUUUGAGGACGACCGUUUGUGGAGAGAUUAUCGCGACAUUGUGAAUGACGUGGAGCCUUGUCACAAUACGUAUUGACUUCAGUAAAUUGUACCAUUAAUUCGUAAUUUCUGCAAUAAACAUUAAUCAAAUAUGCAUAUA